AUGACAACAGUGAGAUUGUUAUUAGCAAUUUCUGUUGCACAGGACUGGUGUCUCCACCAAUUAGAUGUGAAUAAUGCUUAUUUGUAUGGUGACUUACAUGAGGAAGUCUAUAUGAACUUGCCACCUGGUUUUCAGUCUUCUACUCCUAAUAAAUCCAAGUCUAAUCAUUCAUUGUUCCUAAAGCACACUAAUUCUUCCUUUAUAGCCCUCUUGGUUUAUGUAGAUGAUGUAAUUUUGGCAGGGAAUGAUAUGACUGAAAUUGCUUUUGUAAAGAGUUUUCUUGAUCAGACUUUUCGCAUCAAAGAUCUGGGCACAUUAAAGUUUUUCCUUGGCUUAGAAAUAGCCAAAAAUUCUAAAGGCAUAGUGAUUAAUCAACGCAAGUAUGCUUUAGAAAUUCUUUCAGAUGCCGGAUAUCUUGCUUCCAAACCUAUUUCGACACCAAUGGACGAUUCUUUGAAAUUAAGCAAAACUGGUGGUACUCCUAUUUCUAAUGUUGCUUCCUACAGGCGAUUGAUUGGGUGUCCUGAUACUAGGCGAUCAAUUACGGGUUUUAGUGUUUUUCUUGGAAACUCUUUAGUUUCUUGGAAAUCUAAGAAGCAAACAACUAUUUCACGCUCCUCUUCAGAAGCUGAAUAUAGGGCUCUCACAAUAGUGACUUGUGAAAUCCAAUGGCUAACGUAUUUACUUGCAGAUUUUCAAAUGUCUUUUAAGCAACUUGCCUUGGUGUCAUUUGCGCAGAUAGCUGAUAGCUUCACUAAGCCCUUGACACCUGCUCCUUUCCUGACUUCACAACACAAGCUGGGAAUGCUUGAUAUUCAUUCUCGGCUUGCUGGCCCCGGGGUGGGGGUGGUUUGGUUUUGGAGCAAGCUGAAGCCAUUAGAGUUGAAAAAUUCAAAGUAG